CGCAUUGUUGAUUGUGGAUCGAUGAUGGCGUUACAGUCGUUAUGAUGGAUCUAUUUUCCGCUAUCAAAUCAGACAUGAAACAACAAUUAAUACCUUCAGUGAAAAGGAACAUGUGUAUCUUUGAAAAAUAAACACACUCCCAGCUGUCAUGGUUGGUUUUAACCAACCACAAGACUUGAGCCAGGUGCAUCAGGGCAUUAACCAGGCACCGCAACACGUCAUCUAGGCACAACAGGGCAUCAACCAGGCACCACAGGGUAUCAACCAGGCACUACUGGGCAUCAACCAUAAAUCCAGGGCAGGAAUUGAAUCAAGCUCAGAAUAUGAAUCAGCCAGGGCCUCCACUUCCCCCAGGCUGGUCACAUGCUUUUACGCCCCAGGGUCAAAUCUACUUUAUAAACCACAGCGAUGGUACGACCAGUUGGCACGACCCCAGGAUAAGCCAGGGGUCCAUACUCUUGGGUAUAAUUAAGAAGUACAAUUGUGCAACCGCUAAUGAUCAACAAACUGAUACACAACAAGAAGAAUGGAGAGAUAAGAAGUCUGAGUGUAAAGAAGAAGGGAGCUUGGAAACACUACAAUCAUGUGUGAAGGCCGUGCAGGAACAGAUCUGUGUAAAAGGUUUUCCCCCGCGAGGGUCAUCUGGAGCAAAAAUGGCUAAAAAUGUGAAUGAGAUGAUUGUAAUUGUAAUGAGAGACUGUGUGGAUGGUAAAAAAGUCAAAGUGGAAGACUGUCAGAAGAUGUUGUUUGAAUUUCUCUUGAGCCUGUUAGCGACAGGGCCAGGGACUGCUGCAGCAGAUAUCAUACAGAACUGCCUUAUCAAGACCAAGGAGCUGAUUAUAUACUUAGAGGAAAUGAGGGGAAAAGAAUUUACAAGAAUUAUUGAGAGUUUGAAAUUGUGGACUCACACCGCUGAGGGGCCAAACAUGACGUUGAAGGACCAGAGCAAUCAGUGGGAAUCCUGUAUCACAGCUCUUAUAAAGCGCAUACUGGGUGGUGAUAAUAAAGAAGCCCGUUUGAAAGUUAAUGAGCCAACAAUUCAUCAACAAUUCCUGGAGCUGUACCUAUUCUACUUCAAGAGGAUGGGAAAUGAACCAGAAGACUAUUCGGGCCAUUUGCGCGAUUUCAUUAAUAUGAUACAGCACGCGUAUAAGGGAACACAUGAAGAUAACCCAUACAUGCCUCUUAAAAAACAGGACGUUCUUCAGAGGCACUGGAAAACAGUUGGAGCCAUAAUUUGUAGUGACAAAUUCAUAUUUGAGAAACAAGUCAGAAAGGCUCCACAAAUUAUCAAACAAAUGGUAGUCUGUAUCCUGAAAAAGGAUUGGUUUGGUGAUCUUGUUGAUGAUGUGCUGGAUCUUUUCAAGAAAUACUGUGUUACUAAAAGUGCAUUACAACAGAAUUACAAAGAUGUAAUAAAUGGCAUCAGACAUCUACUUGAUGAAACUCCCGAGGAGGUAUACAAUAAACACCCUGAGAUUGUAGACAAACUGGUACCAAUAGUCACAGAACUUGUACAGAGGGAUGCUGAAAAUAUGGCUUGGGCUUAUGGUUACUUAGGAGUCAUGAAAUCGAGGAGCACUGCCAAGAAAGGAACUGAGCAAGCUUGGCUUAAGCUCAUUAAAGCCCUUGCUAAAUCAGGCACAGCUGAUGGGCUGAGCAGAUGCUACCAUAUCCUGGAUGAGGGGAAAUUCAAGAAGAUUUGGAAUUGGAAACAAAAUUUUCAACAAGCCGUUGACUUAAUUAAAUCUGCCAAUGAAAUCCUCCUUUACCUGACCGAAAACAAGAAGACAGAUGAAAAAGUAUUUGAUUCCUGGGGAAGAGUUAUCCGCUCUCUUCUGGAACAGUUUAAACUUGUUAAAAUCCAACAGAAGAUUCAUGGGGAGGUUGCAGUACUAGCCAUUACUAUGAUGGAGAAAAAGUCAAAAGAGCUGAAUGACUUUGUUGAAAUAUUCCUAGGAUAUAUCACUCUUGUGGAUAACAGAGAUGUCAUUCCAGGCUUGAUCAGGAGAUUUUCUAUGCUGGUUUUCGACAUAGAUUAUAUGUGGGACCACCCCGACACAAAGAGAUGUGGACGCUCUUUCAUCCAGGCUGUCUUGAAUGCCUACAGUACUGGACAAGACAUACCUGACGGAGUCAACAAAACCUUCAUACGGAUGUUUAUAUGGACGAUGCAGACAGAGGGUUUGGACUACAUGGAUUUACAAAACGGGACUGAAACAUUUUAUUGUGUUGUAGCUUCACGUUUCUUGGGGGAUUUUGCAAGCAAGCAUGUCGAUCAUCAUAAUGCUGAAGUUUGCAAACCACUGAUUCCAGCCUUAUUUAAUCAAAUGGAACAUGAGGAGAAAAAUCUAGUAGAUGCUAGUCGCGCUGUAGUUGGGAGAAUUGGUACAAGUGCGCCCAACCUUUUGAAAGGACAUUUGAGCUCUCUUGUUGCUUGGUGCAAAUGCACAGGUUCCUUGAAUUCUUUUGGUGCCAUAUAUAAGCCGUAUGAGGAGAGUGAUGGAUUCACAAAGCAGGAAUUCAAAGAUAUCAUGGAAGCAAUAGAAGGAAAUGCAGGAGGAGAUUUUAACUUAGAGCCUUUGUUGCUAAAACCAAUGGCUGUGAAACAAGGGGAGCUCUUUACUCAACACCAUGUUGACUUUUUGAUCAGCAUGAUUGGAAAGCAGUAUGCCAGGUACUACAUGCUGCAGAUUUUGGGUGAACUUAUACCAAAACAACCAAAACUGUUUGGAGAUAGCCUGAUCAAACAUGUUCUACAAAAUCCAGAAAUAGAACCCUUACACUCAACAGGUAUUCAGAUGAUAGCUGUCAAUCUUGGACUGACAAACCAGUCACUAGUGGUUAGGAUUCUGAAGGAGCUCAUCAUUCUGGUGAAGAAAUGUCCUGAUCACAAUUUUAUGUUCCCCCUGUUGGAUGCUAUGCGAACUUUGGCCGCUAAGUAUGGUGUGGAAACUCUCAAACCUCAUCGAGAAUUUUUCGAGGAUUUGCAGCAGAAUGGAAAAACAAUGUUUUUAAAAGACACAGCCACUUCGAUUGUCAAUGCAAUGGAUGGAAUCAGUAUGCAAGGUAUUGUCAUAGAUGUCAUACAAACAAAGGAGAAGGUCGAAGAACUUGACAAGAAGGUCACAAAAGUUGAAGGGGAUGUCAAAGGGUUAAAGACUACUGUUGACAGGCAUGACAAGGAAAUCACAACAGUGAAAACCGGAAUUAAAACUGUCAAGAAACGUGUUGAUGUUGUGGAAAAAGAUCUUUCUGAUACAAAGGUCAAGGUCGAAGAGAUUGACAAAAAGACAAUGUCCAACGCCCCAGCAUGGUCACGUGAUCUUACAAAGUUAAUGAAUCCAAAGUCUGAUCAUGAUUGGAGGCUAUUGGCUCAGCGACUGGGAUACUCACCAAAGGACAUAAAGGCAUGGGCUACCCAGAAUGACCCCUGCAUGGCGCUCCUCAGUGAGUGGUACGCUACCAACAAGACAUCUGAGGCUACCCAUGCAGUACUUACCACUCUGCAGGAAAUGAACAGACAAGAUGCUGCGAUCAUUGUAGAGAAUGCAAUGAAGGUUGUAGAUGAUGUUGUGAAGGAAGCACCCGAGUACACCAAACCGCCUCCAGUCUUCCUGAGCUACCAAUGGGGUCACCAGAACGAGGUGAAGUUACUAAGGCAACACCUUCUCAUGGCGGGCUAUGAAUGUUGGAUGGAUAUCGGACAGAUGGGAGGCGGGGAUAAACUGUUUCAGAAAAUUGACAAUGGUAUCAGAGGAUCGAAAGUCGUCAUAUGCUGUGUGUCGGGGAAGUAUGCCAAGUCUCCAAACUGUAACAGAGAGGUGAACCUUGCCGUAAACCUUGGGAAGCCAAUGAUUCCCCUCCUGAUGGAGAAAAUGGGUUGGCCCCCUCAGGGCUCCAUGGGACCCAUCUUCAGUGAGUAUCUGUUUGUGAGGUUCUUCCAGCGAGAAGGGGAAGAGACUAAAGACCAACGUUACUGGCCAGUUCCAAAGUUUCAGGAACUUUUGAUGCAGCUCAACAUCUACAAAACCCUGCCAGAUGAAUCACUUGUUGCUAAAGAGUACAAAAAGUGGUGGGUCCCUGUGGCUGAAGAAAUUAUCAUCACCAAGAAACCUAUCGGCAGUGGAGGUCAGAAUACUGCAACCACGGCUGGGGGAAAGGGAGAGGAAAGCAAGUCUCCAGAUGUGUUCUUGUCAUACCAGUGGGGUAAGCAGAAGCAGAUAAAACAGUUGUACAAGAGGCUGUGUGAGCUUGGUUUGACCUGCUGGAUGGACAUCUACCAGAUGGGAGGUGGAGACUCCCUGUAUGACAAGAUUGACCGAGGUGUACGAGGCUGUAAGAUCGUUCUGAGUUGUGUGACCACUAAGUACGCAGUCUCAGCCAAUUGUCGACGAGAGGUAAGCCUAGCUGAUUCUUUGAAGAAGCCUGUAGUUCCUCUUCUAUUGGAAGAGAUGCAAUGGCCACCUAGUGGGCCAAUGAGCAUGGUCUUCACACAACUUCUGUUCAUCAAUUUCUACCGUGACGAGGACGUUCAGAUGACAUGGAAAGGGGAUAAAUUUGAUGAGCUUCUAUCCAAAGUAACGGAUCACGUGCCUGGUUUUAUGGGAUGCAUUGAUGAUUCAAAGACCAAAAAAGUAAAAGAAAUACCCGAAAAGAAACCGGAAUCGGAAAAACCAGCAAGAUCGCCAAAUGCAGCAAACAACACAGUUAAUUCACCCCCACCUCCCUUACAUUCUUCAGAAAAUCCAUCUACAGCACAACAAACAUCGCAACCACCACCUCCUCCAUACACACCUCAACCCCAAUCUGACCAGCCACAACCUGGACAACCAUACAUCCCAGCUCAACAGCCUACAGCAGUUCAACCACAUACACAUGGACAUCCAUAUGCUCAGCAACAACAAUAUGGGCAUGCACAACCUCAAGCAUAUGCUCAACAACAACCACCAUAUGCACAACAGCAAAUGUAUGGACAAACACCACCCCAACCAUAUGCUCAACAACAACCAUAUGGGCACGCACAAUAUCAAGCAUAUGCCCAACAACAACAACAACCAUAUGCACAACAGCAAAUGCAUGGACAAGCACAACCAUACACGCAGCAAACAUCCAGUCAAGCUUCUCCAGCUCAUAUUAUUCGAGCAAAUGAAAAAUCUUCCUCGUGUGUUCUUCUUUAAUAUAUAGCUAUCGAGCAUCAAGGAAGACUGUUGGCUAACCAAUGUAACUCCAGGCCUGGUAGUACACAAGCUAAGGUUAGGAUCCGGAAAAUAUUGACAAAAUAAUUGCUUAGGGGCGAGUUGCUUCCUAUCCACUCGGUUUGGAAGAGUUUCAAUAACUGAUUUGGUAGUGUCAGGCUAACUGGGGUGUUUUCGGUCCCUAGGCAUUAAAUUUACGACUUCAGUUACAAUUGCAGGCAACCUAUGUAGCUUAGUUUUGGAGCUAUUUUAUCUGAAGUGUAACUGUUUAGAAGUCUGUAUAUCAACCAAUAAUAGUAGUACAUUCCUAGAAUAGCUGGCGUUAAUAAUGUACCCUACUCUAUUUAUUUUGUUAAUUCGCUGUCCAUUGCCAAUUUAAUAUCUGUAUCAUAACAAUGCUGUAUUCAGAACAAGAACGUGUUGAAACUGUCAUAGCUACAAGAUACGGUCCAAUUGGAGCUGUAACACGAUGUAGUUUGGUGGUGGAAUAUCAGAUUUUUAUUUUUCGAGAGUCGAUAUGGAAUCAUACGCCAAGUGGUUAAAACAAGAUGGAAGUGUACACACCUUUAAACUACUUUAAAUUAAAAUGUACCUAUUAAGUUACUAAAAGAAAUUGAGCAUGCAAUUUCGUUAAUGUAUUUAUUCUAUUUUUUUUUUCAAUCUCUAUCUGUACAAAACUUCAAUUCUGACAUUCCUUGUUGACUCAGACGUCUCCUAAUACGUGGCCUUAUUUGAAUGACAAGGUGAAUCAUGCUAUCAUGUCAAACAAUUGAGUCAAAUAUUAAUGUCAACAAAUGUCAACGUUAUUUUUGUUAUUGUUUUCAAAUCGAAUGGGUGAUAUAUGUUAAUCCUUACAACAAUGCUGUUGAAAAAAGUUUGAAAUUUAAUGAAUUUUGUGUCAAGAAGGAGACAGAUUGCGCUGACUAAUCUUCAUGUUUUCUUGUAACCUAUGUUUAUUAUAUGUUAUACAUUUUGUUCGAUUUUAUGGAUUUCAUCGUUUUUACUUGACGUUUUAACUGAAUAGAUGUUGAGUACUAUUCGUCAGUGUUUUCCUAUAGCGUGAAAAUUGUUGAGUAUGUUUUUGGUGACAUGCUGACUUAUUGGGCUAUCAACGACAUUCAAGAAUUCAAAUGAAUCAAUAUUUUCUCCAUUUAACUAUAUUUGGCAUCCCAUUUGACGAAUGCAAACGAGACUAAGGUCCUAUCCGUUGGCAUUGGUAUCCAUGUCGCAACUAUAUUGAUCAUUAGGUGUAACUCCGAAUAGGUUAUUUGCGAUCUAAUCUAUUCCUACAGUGAAAAGAAGCAUACAAUUUGGUUAGACCAUAUAUUAUGACUUUCAGAACUCAUUGAUAGUUUACCGAUUCGCGUCCAAUUGGAUUUUACUUGGUGAUUUCUAUUUAUUGUUUUUACUGUAUUUAUUAAUUAUUUAUUUAUCAUUUAUAAUUUUUUGAAAUUAUUUUUGAACAAUAUUGGAGAACUUUUUUUAUAUUAUUUUACAGGUUUUCAUCAUACAUGUACAGUUUAUAUUUCUAAAUAUUAUGCAUCGUCAAAAUUUGAUAGUGGUAUCCGUCCUGUGAUCAAACAGUUUUUAAAACUGAUGACAAUGUCUCUAUUGUUAUUCAUAAUAUAUAUUUUUUGUAUUUGUUAUUGGUGUUCAUUUGACCUGUUAUGAGCCAAUUUCAUAGAAAGAGUACUAGUUCUUUAUAGUUGUUUCUCUAAUAAAACCUUAAAUCAUGCAUGUUUGACAAAGUGGCAUGUGAUAAAUACAUUGGCUGACGACUUGACUUGUUAUUAAACAAAAAAGAGAUAAAAUUUUAAUUGUUUAUAAUGGCGGUGGAAUAAAAUUAAGUUCAAUGUCUGGUGCGUGCUACAUUCUAUGUUUACAUGUGUUGCAGAAAGAUAAGAAGUACAUAGAUAGCAAAAUGUGUUGGAUGAACAUUUUAAAGUUUACUUUUCACAUUUAACUCGACCUAUACAAGCGAUCGAAAAACCAGUAGGAACUUUCCGUCAUAUCUUUGGAAAAACAUUUUUCGAAGAUAUGACGGAUACAUAGAAUUUAAUAAUGGAUUUCUUUUCUUUCCUGCUUCCUGAUGUCCUAGGAUUCACCAUUGUGAAGUCAGUCUUAUUGUAUCUGUGUACAUAUUUAUGUGCGUGUUUGUAUUUUGAUAACAUUCUGGCAACCACAAUCAAAUAAUAACUUAACAUGCCGUCCUUCAUUAUAUAAUUACUUUAGGGAGAACAUGCCGUCCUUCAUUAUAUAAUUACUUUAGGGACAACAUGCCGUCCUUCAUUAUAUAAUUAGUUUAGGGACGAGUUGUAACUGUAAGACAUAAUUUCAUUUGUGUAUUCAUAAUUUCAUUUUAAUACUUGUUUAAGUAUACUCUUCCUUUUUAUUUCAUCUAUAGUAUUCUAUAAUCUUAAAACCAGGUUAUACAAUAGUUUAUGGUAUUCAAUGGUAUUUUCAUUGCUAACUUUUAAACAGUGUGCAAUUUGUUACUGACGAAUCUCGUGAUGUAUAAAGUUUGAACUGUGCCGUAUUACGUUAUAUGACUGUUUACACAACGUUUAAUUAUAAGAUUAUGCUUUUCUCCAUUGAUGUAAAUGCAUGACGUAGCUGCAAAUCUCAAAGUGCCAUAUGAUAUUGCUAUAUUUUGUAUAUAUAUAUAUAUAAAUUUUGCACGAGAUAUACAUUGGUGAUCGAUAGUUAUAUACUUUACACGAAGUUUUGCCAUACUAUGUUUUAUAUAAAAUGUAUAUAGAUUAUAACUUUGAACAACGUACAAAUUGUUUCCAGUGAUAUCUAUACAUGCAUAUACAAAUGUACUGUACCUAGUUAAUACAUUAAUGCAUAUUUUAAAAGUAAUUGAUAUUUAGUUUGUUAUUCAUAGUUUGGAACUCCUUGGAUAGAUAGUCUUUAGUGACUGGCACGUUACAUCAUAAUAUUAUUAGAUAUUUUCCUCACGAAGACAUUCUUUUUUUUUUAACCAAUAAGUAUUUUUAUUUUAUUUUUUUUGAUACAUAUGCUAUCUG